AUGCCGUCCUCCGCCAUGGAAAAGUUCUUGCGCGAUUGGCGGCAGGAUGCCCUUAACAAGGCGCAGCACGACUCGGCCAUCUUCAUUGGCGACAAGCUGCUUGCCAUGACCAAUGACGAUGAAGAUGCCUUCUGGCUUGCCCAAGUCCACUUUGCUACCGGCAACUAUACUCGCGCGCACGCCUUCCUCGCCAAGCAAGACCUCAUCAACAGAAACCCGUCCUGCCGAUACCUCGCCGGCCACUGCCUUAUCAAGCAGUCGCGGUUCGAAGAAGCGCUAGCGGUCCUCGGCGAGCGAAACCCGACACACCUCAUCGCCAACGGCCAGAGCAACAAGCGUAAGUCGCAGCAGCGGAACACCCGCCGCCGGGACGAGGCGGCGGCGCAGGCGGAAGAGGUCGAGGAGGCCAAGACGCGACGCUUCGAGGCGGCCAUGUGCUUCCUGCGAGGCAUCUGCUACGCCAAGCAGAACGCCUUUGACCGCGCCAAGGAGUGUUACAAGGAUGCGGUGCGCAUCGAUGUGCAGUGUUUCGAGGCCUUUCAACAGCUCAUGAAGAAUUCGCUGCUCUCGCCCGACGAGGAGUGGCAGUUCCUCGAAAGCCUCAACUUUGACGCCAUACAGACGGAGCCUGAUAUCUCGGCCUCACAGGAAGCGGCCGAGUUUACAAAGAUGCUGUAUACGACGAGGCUGUCCAAGUACAGAAACCCGGCCAUAUUCCAAUCCGCAUACGAUUCGCUCUCGACGCACUACAAGCUGGGGGAGAACCCGGACCUGCAGCUCGCACGGGCGGAUCAGCUAUACACGCAGUGUCGCUAUGGCGAGGCGCUCGAGGUGACCAAGGCGGUGAUUGAUGGCGACAAGUACAACUUUAAUAUAUACCCUGUGCACCUAGCGUGUCUUUAUGAGCUAAAGAAGAAGAAUACGCUGUUUUUGGUGGCUCACGACCUGGCGGAUACACACCCGGAGGAGCCCUGUGCUUGGCUGGCGGUAGGCAUUUACUACUUUGCCAUCGACAAGGUUGCGGAAGCCCGACGGUACUUCAGCAAGGCGAGCAUGAUGGAUGCGCACUUCGGCCCCGCGUGGAUUGGAUUUGCGCACACCUUUGCCGCUGAAGGCGAGCAUGAUCAGGCCAUCUCUGCCUACUCGACAGCAGCGCGACUGUUUAUGGGCACGCAUCUACCACAGGUGUUUCUAGGCAUGCAAAACCACGCAUUAAAUAACAUGUCGCUGGCGGAGGAGUUUCUCAAAACUGCGUAUGGGCUUUGCAAAAAUGACCCUUUACUUCUCAACGAACUGGGUGUCGUCAGGUAUCAUCAAGACAGGCCCAAGGACGCCGCGCAGUUCUUUCGAGCCGCUCUCGAAAUCGCAGGGGACAACGGAAGCGAGCCGGCAGCCUGGGUAGCCGCGAGAACAAAUCUGGCACACUCGUACCGUCGCUUGCGUCACUUCAAGGACGCUCUGGAACAAUUUGACGAAGUCUUGCGCAUGGGCGGCAAGGAUGCGGCCGUCUUUAGCGCCAAGGGCCUCAUUCUGUUAGAGCUCAACCGGCCGGAAGAGGCGGCCGUGGUGCUUCACGAGGCGCUUUCGAUCAACCCCCAGGACAGCAUCGCUACGGAGCUCCUCAACAAGGCGUUGGAUGAGUCCACAGCGGAAGACGCCGAGGAGGACGAGUCGGACGCGAUGCUCUACUUUGAGCAGCAGCUGGAGCAACGCAAGGCCGAGGCCUCGGAGAAGAUCAACGGCCGACGGACAGGCUGCAAUAUGAUGGACAAGGGCAAGGGGCGAGCCUUUGGCAACAGGCGGAGGACGCUGCUGGAGGAUAAUGACGACGAGGACGGGGAGACGGGGACGAGCAUGAUGGACAUGACGGAUGAUGAAUAG